GUGGAAUCAGUAAAAUUGAGAGUGGCAAAAUUAAUUUUGUUCCCGAAAACCGACCAGUUCGUUCUAACCCUAACUGUACCCAAACCCUUGUACCAGAAGCUAGUCAGAGUUUAUUGUAGCAAUGGAGGUCGGUGGUUACUGCUCUGUGGAGAGGGCGAUGUGGGUGUGCUCUGCUAUGGAAGCUAUGGCUUUGGAGACUGUUGGGAAGUCUCUUGCUUUCGUUCUCAUGAUGGCAGGAUCGCUGUUGGAUGAUGUUAGAUUAACUGCAACAGAUGAAAGGUUUCCUGUUGACGAGCUUCGCAAAGUGAAACGUCCUGAUCCUGAAAAUAAAGAUUCUAGUGAUACAGACGAUGACGAAGAUGAUGAAGAUGAUGACAAUGUCGAUGAUCAGGAUGAGGAUGAUGCUGGAGAUGAAGAUUUCGAUGGUGAGGAAGGGGGUGCGGAAGCUGAUCCUGAGGAUGACCCGGAGGCAAAUGAUGGUGGAGGAUCAAGUGAUGACGAUGAUGAGGACGAUGAUGACGAUGAUGGGGAUGAGGAUGAUGCUGAAGAGGAUGGUGAGGAAGACGAGGAUGAGGAUGAAGAUGAAGAAGUUCCGCAACCACCUGCAAAGAAGAGGAAGUGAAAGUAGCUUUAGGGGUUCCCUCCCAUGCUUUUUUUUUUUUUUGGUUUCUUUCCUUUUUACCACCUUAGGAGGGAGUGGUUAUUUAGCUUGUCAGUCUGCAUAGAGUAGAAAAUUACCAUUGUUGUCCGAAUGAAGCUAGUUAUUUUCACGAGAUUGUUGGUGUUGCAAAGUAUUUCAUUAUAUGCGAUUUAUGAAACAUUUUAGUUGGGUUGGGUUGUAACAGGGGGAUUUGUUGUGUGGUUCUGGAGUCUGGAACAGCAAAGCUCCCCUCUUCAAUGAAUCAUUCUCAUUCACAUGGACAA